UUUUGUGUACGGUUAUCAGCCUCAGAACUCCGAAAGAUAAACUUGAUAAUAGAAUUGAUAAAUGAUAUCCAUCUAGUUAAGGUCAGUCCGAAGUUAGUCAUUGUUGAGCUCGGUACAGCUACCGUGUUCAAAAUCGGUCGGACGUAGGACUGUGUUGCUCAAAGGGCAUCGCGUAAUGUUCGCACUUCUAUUUUGCCUCUUCUCAGUCGCGCGGGAAGUUAUUACGCUUUUGUCGGCAAGUCGGAAACGACUGAAUUCGAUGGCGGAUCAACGAAGCGAGGGUAAACUCGUAGCUGACGUUAGAAACAACGGGGUUAACGGAAACUCGAUCUUCGAGUCUGGAGAUGACAUGUUCGUCGACGAAACAUCGCCGUCGACGCCUAUUAGUGGAAAAGCAAAACAUUCGCGACGAACCAGCGACGUCAUCGACAGCGUUCGUAUCUCCGAAUAUAUGCAGGCAUCCGGGCAUUCGACACCGCAACAGAAAAAGCCAGCUCAUCUUGAUUUGGUAUCUCCGGAUCAAGGGUAUGAAGGCACACCGGGUAAUGAUCCCAGGAUAAUUCCAAGCUGGAUGCACAAAAGAACGGAUCACAUCGACGCAACACCCCCUGGCCCUAGCGAUGAAAAUGAAGAAGAGCAAACUGUCGUUGGAACCCCAAUUGGAAUAACAGCUAAGAUGCCAGUUAGCCAAGAGUCAUUACAGUAUAAUAUGAGUCAUGCCAAAAGGGGAACGUGCUUAAUAUUCAACCAUGAAGUAUUUGAAACAGGAUUCUCCAAACGGGAAGGAUCCAGCAUUGAUGCCAAGCGGAUCGAAGCCACUUUCACUAAAUUAGGCUUCGACGUUCUGAUUCGUGACAAUCUUGAGCAUAGUGACGUACUCGAUGAGAUAAAUAAAUUGAGUUCAGCAGAUCAUACCAACAACGAUUGCGUAUGCGUAUUUUUACUGACGCAUGGACUGAACAAUAAUUUGGUUAUGGCCAAGGACGUUGCCUACAGGGCUGACAAAAUUUGGAAACCAUUUACCGCCGAUAUUUGUCCAACACUGGCAGGAAAACCAAAAUUAUUUUUUUAUCAGGCUUGUCGAGGAGACAAAUUGGACGGCGGUGUUAUGCUCAUGUCGCGGACCAGUAAUACCCAGACAGAUUCCGCAGUUGCCUCGUAUAAAAUUCCAACCCAUUCCGAUUUUCUGAUUGCUCACAGUUCCGUAGACGGAUUUUUUUCGUGGCGUAAUCCCGAGGAGGGAACGUGGUACAUUCAGUGUUUGUGCUCCGUCCUGGAUGAGUUUGCAGAGACGACUGAUCUGAUGAGGAUGCUGACGAUAACUGCGCGGAAAGUAGCAACCGAAUUUCAAUCUUACGACGAUAUGAAUCUGCAGAAGAACGAGCAGAAACAAGUUCCAUCGACAACGUCGAUGUUGAUAAGAGACUUAUAUUUUAAACCAAAAUAAUGACGCAAAGCUUGUAGCUAGCAAUUAUAAAGAAGAAAAGAAUUGACACUUUGUUCAGCGACAAGACACUGCGGGCGUUGAGCAAAAUUCGUGUUUUAUUGAAAUUACAAUUGUUCAUCAGUCAUUUUGGGCCCGCACUUUACACUAUAUAGAUAAUAUAUAGUUGUGAAAUUUGUAUUUUUUGGUAUGGCGUUGGAGAUGUCAAAUAUUUCCGACUUGGUUUUCAGGAGCAAGAACUGGAACAAGAAAGAUUAAGUACAAACCCACCCCGCAUCAUUCAGUAAAACUUAUAUAAUCUCAGAAUAUUCAAUGUUGAACUUUACACACGUGCAUAUUUUCUUGAUUAAUGAUACAUAAGAAUUUCUUUUUUUUUUAUACUCUAUAUUUCCAUUAUCAUGCGAAUUGGUCGCUUAUAAUUUAUUCAUCUUACCACACUAAGACUGUUCGUUGCUCGUUACAGAAGACAAUUAUUUGCUCACAUACGUAUUAUUAUUCCUAACUAAGAUUAAUUAAGCUGAUUCGAACCAGUUAUUAGUCGGUACGAAUAGUAAUUUAUACAUCAUUUGUAUGUUCGUGUCAAUUAAGGUUCGUAUUACAAGUUAUUUUUGGUCGUUAGUUAUUACGCCUACUUAUAAUUUGUUACUAAACUCUCACAGUCUGGCAAAAAAAAGUUGUGCCAUUUUGUAAUAUACACGUGGGUACAAAAACUUUAUGAUAUUAAUUCCUGCAAGUAUCAGGUCGAUCGCUACAGACGCAUUUGCUCGCCCUAUCGAUGUUCCGUGAUUAUAUAUUACCGUUGUUUUACCCGUAUUCUCUUUGCUUUUGAUUGAUAUUUUUUCUGCCUUUAUUCUCUUUUUUUGUCAGUCUUAAUUCCUCUAGAAAACACAUAACGAGGUUGCGAAAUUUGUUAUAAAGAGAAAUUAAGGUUAUACGUGUAUAAAAAUGUUUUGUCGCGGAACACAGCAAAAUGCAGAUUCAGUGCCAUCUAAAUGCGACACAUGCACUGCACUUGAUGUGAGGAAACCAUAACGAGCUUAAUACGGAUAUUUUUUGGUGGCCAGAAGUCAUUACGCACAUAUAUGUACUAUAGGCACCCUACAUGUAAGAAAUAUAGCGAAAUGCAUAAUUAGUAGUAUUUUCCUUGAUCAUAAUACACCGAACAUUAAUAUAUCAAAUAUUUAUUCAGACGGUACAUAUGAACUACUAAUUGUUACACUACUUAUAUAAGUAUCAUCUAGAUAUAUAAAGUAUCAGAAUAGUAUUAUCGUUUUUUAUUUACCUACAUUUUCGGUGAUUUUUAUCG